AUGAGUGGCAGCAGUCAGUGGUGAAUCAGUGAAAAGAUGAAGCUUCUUCUGAGCAGUCUGCUGCUGGGCUCUCUCUGGGCCAUCUCAUCUCGCAGUGCUCCAUUUACAGAGGCUGUGACCCAGACCCCUGAUGUUUCUGUCACGGAGGGCGAGGAUCUAAACAUCACCUGCUGCUUCACCGAGGCGUCUGAAAGAGUGAAGUUCAUCUGGAAGAAAAAUCAGACAGAAAUGUCGAAUCAGUCCCACAUCUUGAAUAAUCAGUAUCAAGAAUCCAAGAUGAAUCAUUCCUGUUCAUCUUUGACCUUUUUAAAUAUCACAAGAGAGGAUUCAGGAAGAUACAUCUGCAUCGUGAUUAUGGAAAUACCAGUUAUUGUCCAGAGCGUAGGAAAUGGUACMGUCAUCACAGUUGUGCCCAGAGUGAACGCAGAUGGACCUGUGGAACAUUCUACUGAAAUCCCCACGAUACUUGCCAUGGUUGUUGUGGGUCUGUUGCUCCUCAUCAUUAUCGGCUGUUACUGCACUCUGCGAAUCAGACAUGCACAAGCAGUCAGUGUGAUCUAUGAGGUUCCCCACAUUGAUUCUGAAACGGCAGACAUGGACAAACACAGCACCAGCUCCUCCAGAGGCUCCUCUCAGUGGUGCCAGGUACCAGUGUAUGAAUCCUUUGAUUACUUUGAAGGGGUGAAAAGCAAAGAAAGUGGCUAAGGAUCUACUCAACUCGUUUCUUCUUCCAGUAUUUUCCGUAUUUACUUUUCUUCAUGUGAAUAAUGUACAAACAUUUACGUAUCUCUAGAUGUAUUAUGUAAAAGAUUUUAUAUUUGCAAAUGUUUUAAUA